UUUAGGUGUGCACCUGCACCAGCCCAGUUGCCUGGUGCUAAUUGGAGGGAGAAGGUGAUUUUUUUCUCCUCUGAUCUUUCGCUGACCAUCACACGAAAGCAGUGGCUCCAUGCUGGUUUUAUGUUUUUUUCCAAUGUUGUCGGCAGUUUGAAUACACUGGCUUGGAAAUGGCUAGCAGUGUUAGGGUUUAUUCAGACUCUGACCCUUAAGAAGCCUCUGGAGCCAGAAGGAGAGGAGUCCAACUUCUGCAGAUGCCUGACCACCGUGGACCUGGUGGGUCUGGGUGUUGGAAGCACACUAGGGGCUGGUGUUUAUGUGCUGUCAGGAGAGGUGGCCCGGGAAGUGGCUGGCCCCAGCAUCAUCAUCUCCUUCCUCGUGGCGGCAGUGGCUUCAGUCUUUGCAGGGUUGUGCUACGCAGAGUUUGGAGCGCGUGUCCCCAAGACGGGCUCAGCUUACCUUUAUAGCUAUGUGACUGUAGGAGAAGUGUGGGCCUUUGUGACCGGUUGGAACCUGCUGCUGUCCUAUGUAAUUGGAACAUCAAGUGUAGCAAAAGCCUGGACGGGGACCUUCGAUGACCUGAUAGACAAUGUUAUUGCUAAAACUCUGGCAGAACAUACGCCCAUAGACUCACCUGGCUUGGCUCCAUACCCAGACUUCUUUGCAGCUGCACUGAUUAUGUUGCUUGCAGUGGUACUUACAUAUGGUGUGAAAGAGUCUGCAGUCCUGAACACUGUUUUUACCGCAGUGAAUGUGGCUGUAUUGGUUUUCAUCAUCAUCUCCGGCUUUAUAAAAGGAGACAUCAACAACUGGCGCAUCAGUGAGGAUACUAUCCUGAAUGCAACACGACAAAUGGACAAAUGGGGCUUUGCCCCCCAAUGGACCGUAGCCUCUACGCUGGACCUAGUAAUCGAGACCCGAUUCAGGAACUUGUCAUGGGCACACAAUGAAACCGUUGACUUUGGUGUUGGUGGAUUCUUCCCCUUUGGCUUUGAUGGAACAUUGGCAGGAGCAGCAACCUGUUUCUACGCUUUUGUUGGGUUUGACUGCAUUGCCACAACAGGUGAGGAGGUGCAGAACCCAGAGAAAGCCAUACCUCUUGGGAUUGUAGCAUCCCUGCUAAUCUGCUUCCUGGCUUACUUUGGUGUGUCGGCUGCUCUAACUCUUAUGAUGCCCUACUAUCUGCUGGACACUCACAGUCCUCUGCCCGUAGCAUUUGAAUAUGUUGGCUGGGAGCCUGCAAAGUAUGCUGUGGCUGUGGGAUCGCUCUGUGCACUGUCAACAAGUCUCCUGGGAGUGAUGUUUCCAAUGCCACGAGUGCUGUUUGCUAUGGCGAGAGAUGGCUUGCUCUUCAAGCCUCUUCGCUACAUGAGCUCCAGGCAGAGUCCUGUCUUAGCCACGCUGUCCUCAGGAGCUGUGGCUGCUUUCAUGGUCCUGUUAUUUGACCUAAAAGCACUGGUUGACAUAAGCUCGAUUGGGACCAUAUUCGCCUACACUCUUGUUGCAGUAUGUAUUCUCAUAUUAAGAUACAAAGAAGACACCAGUUUUGUCCAUAGAUCAGAACCGUUUACAGUAAUGGGGUUGUUCAGGCCUCCGUCUCGAUCUACUCACCGCACGUCUAAAAAUGUCAACAUACUCACCAUUGUUAUUUUGUUCCUGGUGAUCAUUUUAAGUGUGCUGUUGUCAAAAGCUGUGGAUUCCCUGCUCAGACGAGAGUUGUGGAUUGUGCUGCUGGCAUCUGUCCUCAUGCUGACACUGGUCCUCGCAGUUGUUUUUAUCUGGAGACAGCCACAGAGCAAAACUAAAGCGUCUUUCAUGGUUCCCUGUCUACCUGUAAUUCCAGUUUUAAGUGUUUUCAUCAAUACCUACUUGAUGGUUCAGCUGGGAGGAGAAACAUGGAUCAGCUAUGCUGUUUGGAUGACAGUAGGCCUUCGUUGGAUGGUGGUAUCUGUCUCUCCUCUGUUCUCCCCUGUCUCUAACCUUCAUCGCACACCUAACAUCUCUUUCCUCUGGCCUUCGACGGCCUCUAGCCUUCUUUGCAGGCUACCAUUUAUCUUUUUACUCUGGCUUUGGAGGCCUCUAGCCCUCAUUGCACACCAACACCUUUCUUCUCUGGCCUCCUGGGGCAUCUAGCCGUCAUUGCAUGACAACAUCUCUUCUGCUGGCAUUCAACAGCCUCUAGCUUUCAUCCUGGGUUUAAUUCUUUCACCUGUGCUCCUUUGCAUCAUACUUCCUGAUAAAUUGUUCCCAUAUAGGUUAACUAGUUCCUUAUUGCUCACUAUGAUUUCUGUAGGACUUUCUUUUGCAUAAUUUUUUCACAAUAUGCUAUUUCUAUCUUCUGAGUUCAAUCACCCUCGCCACGGUAAGAAUCUUUUACUUAAUUUAGGGGAUCCUGUCCUAUCUCCUUUCUUCGUACGGCCAACGCUUUAUGUAGAUGCUUCAAAUUGAUGGACUUUAACCGAUAAAACUCUGUGUUGUGUACCUCAAUACAUUUUGUUGUUCACUUACAGUUGUUCUCUUCUUAUUGGAAUGAAACUUUGGCCAAGUUAAGUAAAGAUCUCUUCCCUCACAUUCUGCCUUGUUCCUCUAUGGGUUAAUCUUGGCUAUAUACUCCUAAUCUAGGUCUCGCCAUCACUUCUGCUUUCCCACACUGCCCUCUAUUCAAAAUCAGUCUUUCAAAGCUACUAUUGCACAACUCAUCACCACCAGAACCUCCAUGAUGUCCAGGAACACUAGUCCAAAGGUUUCCAUCAACCACCCACUGGCUCUACUCUACCACCACCAGUGUAUAGACCUCAGGGAUCCUGUCCGAUCUCGUAACUUCAUAUGGGCCUAUCCUUAAUGAGGAUGCUUCACAUCAAUGGAGUCUUAAUUGCCAAAACUUUUUCUGUCACUUACUUCACUAAAUGUUAUUCACUUCCAUUUGAUCUGUUGUUAUUGAACUAAGGUUUAGUGUUUGAUAUUUCUGAUGUUUAUAAUAGGAGUAAUAAUGUUACAGUAUCUUAUAUUUACACUGUGCUAGACCUCAUUUUUUGUCAUUUAAGAGCUCAAAAUUGGAGUAUAGGAACAUGUUUAUUUAAAGAUAUAGCCUUAGACUUCGUGCCAAGACAAGGGUCAACUCCCCUGAUCGCUACCCCUUUAACCCAAAAUUAUAACUGGUUUGGACAUCCUUUGUCCAUGCUCUUAAACCAUGCUGUGAUGCAUUCUCUCUUAUGCUUUCACUUGAUACAGUUCUCUUAAUACUUCUGGCCCUGAACACUUCUCCAUGUAAUCCAACGUGGAUGCCUCUUCUCCUGGACUGAACUGAAGAACUGGAGAUGGAGAAGUCAAACAGCAAAGACCUUCUGUAAAUUCUAAAGACUGUGCCAUGUUGGCCCUGAGGUUCGUCUGGUCAAAUGAACCAGGCUGCUCGACACUGAAAUACCGAUUAAUAGCAGUCGGAGAUGGGCAGUCUCUUGCUGCCCAUCUUCAGGUCACCACUCCACGUGCUGAAGUUGCCUGGGCAACUGACCUAAACAUCACCAUCUGACGGUGCGGGAUCGCCAAAGCUACCUCAAGAACCUGCUGUGUUUGCCAAAGACUUGCAUUAAAAGCUGCAUCUACCAGCUACAUUUGGCUGAGGACUUCCCCUGCCUAAACGCUGAACAUUCUGCUGUAUGCAGUCGACUAAAUGUCUGAUGGACCACCAAGCUUCACGUCGCCAGCUGACCUGCAUGAUGGACCCCUGCCUGAGCUGUGGGAGACCACCUGCUGGACAGCAUAGUUGUCUUGUCAUCCUUCACCACAUGCUGCCAAUAG